CGCGCUCCCCGCUAUUGGCCCGCGGCGGCGGGACGCCCACCCCCAGCGGGGCCUGCGCGGCGCCGCGCCCGAUGCCCCUCGGUCAGGCCCAGGCCCGCCGGGGACUCGCCUCCCGCCGAGCGGCCCCGCCCGACCUUGCGCCCCGGGGCCGGGGGUCAGCACAGGGGCCGAGGCCAGCAGCGUAGACGCCGCGCUGCCCACUGCGCCCGGCAGGGGGUGGCGGUGCUGGGCGCCGGCCCGGCGCUCCCGACAUGCCCCGCGGCGCGCGGCGCGCGGCGGGAGUUGUAGGCACUGCGCGGGCGGCGGCGGCCCCGCCCCGAACCCGGAAGUGAGCGGGGGGACGGAGGAGGUUCUAAGAUGGCGUCGCCUCCUCAGGGGGGCCCGAUGGCGAUCGCCAUGCGGCUGCGGAACCAGCUCCAGGCCGUCUACAAGAUGGACCCGCUCCGGAACGAGGAGGAGGUGAAGGUGAAGAUGAAGGAGCUGAAUGAGCACAUCGUGUGCUGCCUGUGCGCUGGGUAUUUCAUCGACGCCACCACCAUCACCGAGUGCCUGCACACGUUCUGCAAGAGUUGCAUUGUUAAGUACCUGCAGACCAGCAAGUACUGCCCCAUGUGUAACACCAAGAUCCACGAGACACAGCCGCUGCUCAACCUCAAGCUGGACCGUGUCAUGCAGGACAUCGUCUACAAGCUGGUCCCCGGCCUGCAGGAGAGUGAAGAGAAGAGGAUCCGGGAGUUCUACCAGUCCCGCGGCCUCGACCGGGUGACACAGCCCAGCAGCGAGGACACGGUUGGGGGCGACCCUAUGGGGCUCCCCUACAGCACCUUCGAUCACUCCCGCGCCCACUACUUCCGCUACGACGAGCACGUCUCACUCUGCCUGGAGAAGCAGAGCUCCAGCAAGGACAAGAGCAAGGCCGUGCUGCAGGUGAGCGGGGGUUUGUGCAGCCGCCCUGACAGUUCACCGGGCCCCGAGCCCCUGGGCUCUGCCCAGACCUGGCCCCACAGCCCUCGCUCUGGGUUCGGCUUGAAGUACGUGAGAUGCUCCGUGCGGGCGCAGAUCCGACACCUGCGGAGGGUCCUGUGCCACCGCCUCGAGCUGCCACUGCAGCAUGUGCAGAUUCUGUUCAACAAUGAGGCCCUCCCUGACCACAUGACGAUGAAGCAGCUCUGGCUCUCGCACUGGUUCGGCAAGGUGGAUGGCAGGGCAGCCCGCGCCCCUCCUGCUGCACUACAGCAUCAAGGACAAGAGGAGGUAGGGGCUGGGGGCGGGCGCUGCCCCCCUGGAGCCCAGCCCUGCUCCCACGCCCCCUGCCCUGUUCCCCCUAACUUAAUAACCCUCCUGCUCGAGUUUAUUUUUUGAAUAAAACUAUGGAAAAUCC